AUGGCAGCUUAUUCUAACAUAGAAUCCACUAUUUGUAUGGGCGAGCUAAUGGAAACUGCAGAGAAGCUCAACGUCUUAAUAAACAAAUGUUUCCUCAAAGCGAUGCCGCUAAAAAUGGGAUGCCCUGCGGAAGGAAAUAAUUUCCAGCAAUUUCUACCUCAAGAUCUUAACGAGAGCAUCCUUGAUGUUAACAACGAUAUAUGUUCUAUUCUACAGUGGGCCAAGAACAAUGGACUGCUCUUUAAUGCGAGUAAGACCCAGGCGAUUAUAUUCGGCUCUGCUCGUUACAUUAACUCCAUAGAGUUUGAACGUCUGCCGAAUAUUGUAGUCAAUAAGGAUAAAAUACAGUUCUCCAGCAGUAUUAAAUAUCUGGGAGUUCACAUCGAAAAUACUCUGUCAUGGGACAAGCAGGUUACGCAAACGGCAGGAAAGAUCAGCUCCAAGCUAUACCAACUAAAACUAUGUAAACAUUUACUAACGGACUCUCUAAGGAUACAGUUGAUCACUACUCUUAUUCUACUACAUUUGAACUACUGUUGUGCUGCCCUGACCGACAUUACUGCAGAGCAAAAUUUAAGGUUGCAAAGAGCACUAAACUCCUGUGUCAGAUUAAUCUUUGGCAUCAAGAGAGACGUGCACAUCACAUCCUUUUAUUGUAAGCUCGGAUGGCUCAAGACGGACAGGAGGAGAGAUCACACUAUGGCAUCUUUGCUGCAUGAUAUUAUCCUGAACCAAAAACCGAAGAUCAUCUUCGAAGGCCUCACUUUCAGAUCUGUGGAAUUGUGCAGAAAUACGAGGGCUGAUGUGAAUCUUCUUUCCCUUCCGCAAUGCAGAACCGAGACGUACAAGAAGUCUUUCAGAUACCAUGCAUCAAAGAUUUGGAAUAAUCUUCCACCGGAACUACGCAAGUUACAGUCGAUCAAAGUAUUCAGGACUAGACUGUUUGAAUACCUGCUGAAUAACUAG